GCGGCGCGUGGCGGGGCCUGCGCUACGGGGCCUGGCGUGGUGUCUGGUGGGGAGCAGCCGCCCGCUUGCUGCACCAGCCGAACGAGGCCUUGCGCGCCGUUCUUCCGAAGUCUGGUCCCCGUUGUCGCCCCCGGCCGGCCGCGCCAUGGCCCUGAGGGCGGAGGGCGCCGCGCUCGACUGCUUUGAGGUGACACUCAAGUGUGAGGAAGGGGAGGACGACGAUGAGGCCGUGGUGGUGGCGGUCAUACCGCGCCCCGAGCCGAUGCUCAGAGUAACCCAACAGGAGAAGACCCCGCCGCCUCGGCCCAACCUUUUGGAGGCAGGUGGAGAUGGCUGUGAAGAGCCCAAGCAGCAAGUGUCUUGGGAACAGGAGUUUCUGGUGGGAAACAGCCCUGGAGGCGGUGGGCGGACACUGUGCAUGGUGUGUGGGUCAGAGAUCCGGUUCCCCUCGGCCGAAACAGCACGCAUGCACAUUCUGGAGCAGCAUCCACACACCCUAGAUCUGAGCCGCUCUGAGAAGAACAACAUCCUGGAGGCCUGGAGUGAAGGAGUGGCCCUUUUGCAAGAUGUCCAAGCUGAGCAGCCAUCCCUACCGAGCCCAGAAUCGGGCCAGGAUGUCCAGCCAGAUCCAGACUCCAACCCGAACCCUGCCAGGAUGCCAGCAGAGAUCGUGGUCCUCCUGGACUCCGAGGACAACCCUCUCCCUAAAAGGAGCCGGCCUAGAGGACUCCGCCCCCUUGAGCUGCUUGCUGCCCCUGCGACAGAGCCAGGAAAUAAUAAGAAGUCCCGCACUCAGAGAUGGAAGGAACCCUCUGGGGAAGAGCCUGUGAGAAAGAAGAGAGGAAGGCCAGUGACCAAAAACUUGGAUCCUGACCCAGACCCUCCGUCCCCAGACUCACCAGCUGAAGCAUUCGCAGCACCAGCUGAGGUCCGCCACUUCACUGAUGGCACCUUCCCUCCUGGCUUCGUCCUCCAGCUCUUUUCUCAUACCCAGCUUAGAGCCACAGACAACAAGGACUGUCCUAAAGAGGGCCAGGCAGCAGGAGAAGGCCUACCCCAGGCAGUAAGCCCCUCUUCAGCUCCCCCUCCCGGGCUUCGAGGGACACUGGAUCUCCAGGUUAUCCGGGUGCGGAUGGAGGAGCCCCCAGCUGUCAGCCUCUUGCAAGACUGGUCCAAGCACGCCCAGGGCACCAAGGGGGUGGGAGCAGGUGACAGCUCAGACUGGCCCACAGUUCUGUCAGAAUCCAGUGCCACUGUGCGGGGACAGCCAGAAGCAGAAAGUGGGGAGUAAGUUCUCGCUUUCCUGGGGGGCAGAGGGAAGAAAGGCAGCAUCUCCUUUGGCCUACCACUCAGCUAUCAUCUCAGCCACCUGAUAGAGAAUUUUAACACCAAAUAUCAGGCAGGGUGGAGGGGCAGGCGGGCAGCAUCAUCUCCAUCACUUUGGGGCACUGGUAGGUGUGGGCCCUUUGCUGGGUCUGAGGCCAGGCUCCCGAGGUAGGCAGUGGUGGCUGGCGCUGUUGUGAGCUGGGGCAUUGGGCCUGUGGAGAACACCCAUCCCAAUCAUUUGUGACCCCUCCACCUCCUCCCACCAUGUUUAGCCCCCUACUAUUCUCCCCUGGCGCAGUGCCUUACGCAGAGGUGGUCACAGCGGGGUUUGAACUGAGUCCCACUACCUCGGGGGACACCUCCUCCCCAACUUGUUCAGGCUUCUCCACCAGGAAGCCUCCAUUACCUCUUCCCACUCU